UACACGUUUGUAAUCAGUUUUUUUUUUUUAUUUUCCGUUUAAAAUAACAUAUUCCACCGGCUGCUUUGUAAUACCGAGACUGAAUCUCGCGUGCUUCGAUCGGUCCGUUGCGUUGGAGCGCAAGAGCCCCUUUUUGAACUUCACCGCACUCCGGCCGUUUAUCUAACGAUAGUCUAAGCAGUAGUAGAAGUAAUAGUUGUUGUGCAAGUGCUAGUGGUAGUGAAAUUGCACGGUGUCGUAACCGGAGAGUCUUACACAUCGUCAUCGACGGACUUAAUGCCAUCAUCAGAUGCCGCCAAAGAACUUGUGUAGUAUGCCGGCGUUAUUGUCCCGAAAACUCGCCGCUGUGUAACCCCGAAGACGCGUCGCAGAAAAAUCAGUUGUACACAAAAAUUGUUUUCCCCAGAUUCGCAGGACAAGUAUGGGAAAUUGGUGGCAAAGUACUACAAUCAGUGUGUCUGCCCCACUUCUAACUGCCGUCAAAUGUCAAUGUUUUUUUUCCGUUUGCACAACCUUCGCCGUGAGGAGGAAAUAAAAAAACGCCGAAAACGAGGCAUGAGGCACAGGCAUCAGCUGACACUGGCGCCAAGUCGGUUGUUCGAGAAACCGCCACUAACGCCGUCCGACAGCCUAGACGAGGUCGCCUUACAAAUACCCAGGGUACGAGUGGAAUAUUACGUGAACGAGAACACAUUUAAAGAACGCUUACAAAUAUAUUUUAUUAAAAAUCAACGCUCAAGUCUUCGUAUUCGUAUCGUCAAUUUAUUUUUUAAACUAUUAACAUGUUUACUAUAUAUUAUCCGAGUCGUGCUCGAUCAAGAUCCUACUUUCGCGACGUGUUAUGGGUGCCAAGUGGGGAACAAAACCGAAUUCCUACUAAGCCGAAAUCUAACGGACGAGGCUUUCCAAGCAAGACCAAUCAUCAAUUGGGACGCCAUUCAAUGGGUGAAGAGGCCUUUCGAGUUAUGGAUACUCGAGUGUGGAUUAGCCGUGUUCGCUCUCUGCGAGUCGCUGCUUCUCACGUAUAUUGGGUAUAAGGGAAACGUAAUGCAGCAACUUCUAUCGUUCCAUUUCAUAUUGGAGUUGAUCACUACGGUUCCGUUUAUCUUUACCCUUUUCCAACCGACUUUGAUUAAUCUUUUCAUACCGGUGUUUCUAAAUUGUUGGCUAGCGAAAAAGUCCCUGGAAAACAUGUUUAAUGAUCUUCAUCGCGCUAUGCAAAAAUCUCAAUCAGCUCUUUCCCAGCAGUUGAUGAUUCUGUCGGCCACUCUCCUUUGUUUAGUGUUUACUAGUGUAUGUGGCAUUCAACAUUUCCAAAGAGCUGGACACCGUCACUUGAGUCUCUUUCAAGCAACCUACUAUGUGGUUGUCACUUUUUCUACAGUUGGCUAUGGAGACUUCGUGCCGGAUAUUUGGCCUUCUCAACUAUACAUGGUCGUUAUGAUCUGCAUAGCACUUAUUGUCCUUCCUACUCAAUUUGAACAGCUAGCGUUCACUUGGAUGGAAAGACAAAAACUCGGCGGUUCUUAUUCAUCUCACAGAGCACAUUCCGAAAAACAUGUCGUCGUGUGUAGCACGACGCUCCAAGCCGACACCAUAAUGGAUUUCCUCAAUGAAUUUUACGCACACCCUUUACUUCAAGACUAUUUUGUGGUAUUGCUUUCGCCAAUGGAACUCGACACAACCAUGCGGAUGAUACUUCAAGUGCCCAUUUGGGCACAGAGAGUCAUCUACAUACAAGGGUCGUGCCUGAAGGACGGUGAUCUAUCCAGGGCCAGGAUGAGCGACGCUAAAGCAUGUUUUGUCCUGGCAGCUAGAAACUACGCGGACAAAGCCGCAGCGGACGAACACACUAUACUGCGGUCUUGGGCGGUAAAGGAUUACGCCCCGACGGUACCUCAGUACGUGCAAAUUUUCCGACCAGAAAAUAAAUUGCACGUAAAGUUUGCCGAAUUUGUCGUUUGUGAGGACGAGCUCAAGUAUGCGCUUCUGGCCAACAACUGCACUUGUCCAGGUGCAUCGACUCUGGUCACAUUGUUAUUGCAUACUAGCAGAGGCCAGGAAGGGCAGACAUCUCCCGAAGAAUGGCAUCGGUUGUACGGCAGGUGCUCGGGAAACGAGAUCUAUCACAUCCUACUGGGCGAUAGUCGGUUUUUCGGCGAGUACGAAGGAAAGAGUUUCACCUACGCUAGCUUUCAUUCGCACCGAAAAUUCGGCGUGUCCCUUGUUGGCGUUCGGCCGGCCGACCUGCCGGAGUUCUACGAGGACACGAUACUGCUGAAUCCCGGGCCGAGGCACAUAAUGAAGAAAUCCGACAUAUGUUAUUAUAUCAGUGUAAAUAAAGAGGAGAAUUCGUCGUUUGUCUUGUCCAACAGUGGGGCGAUGCCGGCAAAACAGCUAGAAAGUGUAAAUAGUAGUUGUGGUGAGUGUUGUUUUGGUCAAAUCGGUAGAAGUCGGCUCUUUGCGUCGAUGACCGUGCAAAUUUCAUUUUUAGAUAAACCGACUGACGUUCAAAAAACAAUUAAAGAAACGCACACGCCGCCAAGCAAACACUCGGACGAACCGAUGGCCGUGGGCAAUCAUUUGAGUAUUCCCAAACCCAUAGACAUGAAUCCGAAUUUAUUAAGCCCCGAAAUUUUAAAUCAAAGAAGAGGCAGUCGCCGGCCGAGCAUUUUACCGGUAGCCGAAACCAUGACGGGUUCUUCGUUAAACAUAUCCGUACCUCAUCCGGAAGACGGCGACGAGAGCGAAGACGAACUCGAAGACGAAGUACCUUGGAGAUCUCCCAGCGAGAAGAUAGCAUUCCGCUUUACAGCGGGCGGCAAAGAAGACAUUUAUGUCCAGCCUGUUUGGCAUGCUGAAUGGAACAGAAUUGUCAAAGGAUUUCCGCCAGUAUCUCCUUACAUUGGUGUCAGCCCAACACUUUGUUAUCUUUUGAAGGAGAAAAAACCGUUAUGUUGCUUACAGUUAGCUCAAGUAUGCGAACACUGUUCGUAUAGAAAUGCUACCGAUUACAAUUGGCAAAACAAAACCAUCAUACUUGCGGCUGAUUAUGCGUCAAACGGUAUUUACAAUUUCAUAAUACCGUUGAGGGCGCACUUCCAUCCGAAAACUUCUUUGAACCCGAUCAUUAUUUUGUUGGAACGUCGGCCUGAUAUUGCAUUUUUAGACGCCAUAUCAUACUUCCCUCUUGUCUAUUGGAUGCUUGGUUCCAUCGACUGUUUGGAUGAUCUCUUGCGAGCUGGUAUUUUAUUGGCAGAAAAUGUAGUUGUGGUGAACAAGGAAUUAUCGAAUUCCGCUGAAGAAGAAACUUUGGCCGACUGUAAUACAAUUGUUGCCGUUCAAACCAUGUUCAAAUUUUUCCCCAACAUACGUAGCAUAACUGAAUUAUCGCAAUCGUCCAACAUGCGAUUCAUGCAAUUCAGAGCACAAGACACGUACGCGUUACACCUGUCUAAAAUGGAGAAACACGAAAAGGAACGAGGAUCACACAUAUCAUACAUGUUCCGGUUGCCGUUCGCCGCAGGUUCUGUGUUUAGUGCCAGCAUGUUGGACACUCUGUUGUACCAAGCAUUCGUCAAAGACUAUGUCAUUACUUUUGUUCGAUUGUUAUUGGGCGUCGACCAAGCUCCUGGUUCAGGAUUUUUAACUUCGAUGAAAAUUACUAAAGACGAUAUGUGGAUAAGGACGUACGGCCGUCUUUAUCAGAAACUAUGCUCGACCACUUGCGAGAUACCUCUAGGAAUUUACAGGACUCAAGACUUGUCUAACAUCGACUCUCCUCCGGAUGCAUGUGGUACAGACUGCGAUAAAACCUCUGAGGGAUCAGAUCACGAAGCUUACAUGCCUAUACCGACUAACUGCCUACCUAAUUGCCACAGGAAUCAAAAUUCCGUUUUUUCAAUUAAUAUGAACGACGACGCACGUGACAACCAUGAUAAUCUAAUUGAACGUGCCGAGAUUGUGAAUCUAGUCCGGUCCCGAAUGGACAGCCUGAACUUACCAUCGGUCGAUCACGAAGACGUCAGCGAGAAACGGAGCAGCCUGUCGUACGUUAUCAUCAAUCCGAGCUGUGAUCUAAAGCUCGAAGAGGGUGAUAUCAUAUACAUACUCAGGCCUAGUCCGUUCUCGGCACAAAAGACCUUCGAGAGGCACAACAGCCGUCGCAAGUCCAACAUAAGCUUUAGCUCGCAAACCGGACAGAUUGGGUUCGGAUCCAGAAGGGGCUCCACCCUGGCGUUCCCUCCGUUCAUGUCAAGACCACCCCCGCUAGUGACCACCAAAUCCAACAGCUUGUCUCUGCCCGACAGCCCUACCGUGGGCAGCGCCCUUCGAGCCCGGUCCAACUCGCUGCGCGUGGUCGACGACAUACUGAUGAGACGAUCCAACUCACUGAGGCAAGGACUGUCCAUGUGCAACCGGAAGAGCAGCCUCGAAGAGUUGGGAGUGUCGCACUUUGCGUUAGGAUCGAGUGCACACGAACGUAGACCCAGCAUGCAAGUAAGCCUAAGUGCUCGAUCGAUGAGACACGUCGUCACUACGCGAAGGCAGUCUGAGCUUCAUCCGAGCGAGAUGUCCGGAAGCGCCAUAAAGAUAGCGCUCAACGGUAGCAUAGGACUGGAAGUGACGCCACCGGAAGAAGUAUCAUCCCCUGGUUUGUCUAGCAAUACCAGCGUGGUGACCGGAGGCCCUUCUUCGUUGCCAGCACAGCAACAGCUGCAGUCCGUGCCGUCGGUACACCAUCAACCGGCAUCGCCGUCACCGGUGCUGUCUCCUCAUUCAUCUCAGGAACAUCUGCAGGGUACGAUUGUAUGAUAUAACCUGAUGUGGGGUAAACGGAAGAGCAACAACGCGCGUAACAAAUGGUUGUAAGCCGUUGCGCGUUCUCUUUACUGUUCGUUUGCUUCCACAUCGUAUCGCUGUCUCUCGCUUUGUCUCGUUUACUUCUUAUUUAUAGUACAUACACAAACUACUACGUGUAAAAAUAAACUGACACUAUAUCCAGUUGAAACAAAUUAUCAUUAUUACUGACGGUAAUCCUCUCGAAUUUGGCGGUACCUAUUUGAAUAAAUCAGAAUUUUAAUCAUCAACUGUUCACCGUUAUUCUUUCUUGUUUUUCGUUAAUUUGGCUUGUACGAGAAAGAGUAGCGGUCCUAAUAAAAAAACAUGUAACACGCAACAUAUUUUGCUUAUGUGCCAAAAGAAAAAAAAAACUACAUUACUAUUUUAAUUAUAUUUAUUCAUUUUUUUCUCUAGAAAACCUAUUAAUAUAAGUCUUACGAAUUAUCUAGUACGUUAUACUGUUAUUAGGACUAAAGGGUAGAAGGGGGUGGUACACGACGAUUUGACGUGUUAUGUCAACAAACAGGGUUCUUUUUUAAAAAAAAAAAAGGACGUUCGAUAUCAUUUCAGUUAUCUGUAUUGUUAUAUACGGCUAUCAUUGAAUUUAAUGACAUUGAAACGACAAUAAGCCAAAAGAAAAUUUAAAAAAUAAUAGUAAAUUUCGUUUAAAAAAUGUAGGAUUUCUAUUGAGAAAUAGUAUGUAAUAAUUAAAUGGUCGCCACACGUGCCAUAUUUUUUCGAUUACUAAGGGGUUUGGUAUAGGCGUUUAAUUAAAAAAAGACUAUUAAAGUGUCUAUUUACACAGCUUUCUACUGAUAUUCUUUAUUAUUAUUUUUGGACAAAAAUAUUCGGCAUAUGUCAGAAACUUUUUUUGUUACAAUUAUUUAUUAUUGAAGUACUUAAAAACAAAGAAAACUAAAUCUCAAAAACGAAUAAAAAUUAAGCUUUUAAGGAUACAAAACGAAACCAUGAGAAAAAUAUUGUUUUCUAAAUGUUUUAAUAAAUGACAAAACUUAACAAUUGCUACAAAAAAAUAAGACAGCUUGUAAUUUACUCCUAAAAUUAGAAAGGCGUGGCACUGUGGCGUCCACUAAAUAAAAUUAUGUAAUGAUAGUUUUUAAUUAUUUUGUUUCAGGCGUUUAAACGAAUUAAUCGAAUAAACAACAAAAUAAUGAUAAUAUUUUUUUUUCAAACAUCAAUUGUAAAAAACCAAAAUAAUAUUCAAACAUUAAAUUUUAAAAAAAUAUUCGAAAUUAACUAAAUAAUACAUGCAUUGACUAUAUAUAACGAUCCUAUAACGUCUUAUAUUCGUGAUAAGCCAAAUAAUUUAAGAUAAAAUUAUCACGUCCUCUUAUUAAAAUUUUGUACAGUUAAUUAUAGUAUGGCUAGUGAUUUUGAUUUUCCGAGCAAUUUAAAUAAUGUUUAAUAGCAUAAAUAUUAUAAUAGCCUAUACCGUAGAUACAUAUAUUGUCUCUGUUCAGUUCAACGCAAAACAAGCUAUUUAUUUGUGCUAAAUACCUUCACUAUUGGUUGUAAAUAAUUAUAAUACAAGUGAUGGUAAUCUACAAGUGAAGUGGUAAUUAUCAAAUUGUCAAAAAAAAGAAAAUAAAUACUAACAUAACCUUAUAAUUUGUCAUUUAACUCAACACAUUUUAAGUACGAAGUACUAUUAAUUAGUAUCGAUAUAGGAUUACUGUGUAGGUAGCUUGUGUAUCUGGAUAAUAGCAUACAGUACAUAUUAUUUGAAAAUGUCUAUAGAUAUCCACGAUUGUUUUAUAAAACUACACAUGAUAACCUCCAUUACUGGUUUACUAUUGUUUUAAUAAUAACUUCUGGUAAUAAAAAUGACUUUAAACUCAUGACUUAUAAUUUAAUGUGUUUAUUAGUGAAAAAAAUUAUAGUUUUGUCAGACUAUUAUUUUUCUGUGUUACUCUUUAUAGUUAUGUUUUGAUACCAUUAAUAAUUUUUUUAGAAAAAAAUAUGUACCUAUUUUCUUAUUAACGCGCUUUAAAAUAGUAGUACUUAAUAUAGAUAUUAUAUAUAUUGUUACUACAUAUAAUGAAAUAUUAUCAAUAAUUAAUUCAUGUAUAGUAAUAUUAUUGUGUAUUAAAUAUUAUAAUUUCGUUGACGCCUCAAAAAACUCUAUAAUAAGUAAUCUAAUAUAGUGAUAAUAAAUUGUAAAGUAAUAAUUAUCUUUUGUAAACGUGCACGUUCUUUUGCCGUAUAAAUGAACACAAGGGGUAUGGGACCAUUCUUUUAAGCGUACGGUAUGAAUUUCCAAAAGAAUUGUUUCAAAAAUGUCAAUUGGUAUCGUGCAUUUAUUGUAACAAGCCUGUAUGCGAAGACUUAAAACGAUUAAAACUUAGUGGUUCGUUUUAGUUAUCGAUCCGUCGCGUCGUUCAAAAUCCGUAUACAAUUAUUUAGUUCCUAUGUAUAAACUAUUAUGAUGUGUAUAGAUGUACUAUGAUAAUGUUUUGUAUAAUGGGAUGUUAUUAAAUAAUUUAAUAUGUACGUUAAGAUCAAACCAAUGUUGUGUUAACAACUUUGUAAGAUAAGAAUAAAUUAUAUAGUGUUAUUUUCUUAAAAUUAACUCAAUAGCUGUUAAUCAUAGUUUAUAAUAUCAUAUUAAUAUUUAUUUAGUAUUAAUAAUAUUAUACGUUACACCCUUAAUAUAAUAUAUAUAUAUAUUAUACUGUUUUUUUUUGUUUUUUAUACAGCUUAGCCUUUCAAUAGAUAGUAGCCUAGUCAAAUACGAGAUCCCUAAAAUAGGUUAAGGUGGGAUCUGCAAUUAUUGCAGAUCCCAACCUUAACUCUAGUACUUCUUUACCAACUAUUUUUAUGGUUGGAAAUUUCAACUUUUUACUAAAAAAAUUCUAACUAGAAAACUUUUCGAUUUGAAAAAAAGUUUAUAAAGCUAUCUGAUAUUUGAAAACAUUUCCUUUGAUAUCCCGUGAUACAAUUGUUUCUAGCAAGUUUUUUAGUUUUCAGUUUCAAUGGUCUGUAACUUAAUAAAAAAUAAAAAUUUUAUCGUAAAAUUUUAAAAAGUUAUUUUUGAAUGUCAUAUUUUAGCUUUAAGAAUCUAUUUUGCUAUUGUAAAAAAUUUGAUAAGUUUUCAAGUAAGAAUUUAAUACAAGUUUUAAUUUUCCAUGUUAAUCAAAUGCAAAAAAACUUUCAUGAGGAAGUAUUUAGAGUUAAGCUAAGAAUCUAAAAUUUUAGUAAUGUCUUAUUUGAAUAGGCCACUAUCGACUAGGGGGAUAAGUAAAAAAAAAAAAUUAACACAAUAUAAUAGGUAUAUAUUAUAAGUAUGGUUCUAAUUUUGGGUUUAGUAGAAUUUCAAUUUGGACACCCCCUUUAAUUUUUUUUUAAUAAAAUAAAAAAGCUACAGUUUUAAAUCUUAUUUUUGAUAUCAACACGUGCCACAUGAAAUUUACCUAAUAAACAUUGGCUUUCGUAUUGUAUAAGAUAUAUGUAUUACACCCUAGACGUGAAUUGCAAUUUUUUUUUUUAUUAUGUUUUAUUUUAACCUGUCUUGUUCAAUGAAAUAUCAGUGAUAUUUGAUAAAGCAUAAUAGAAAAAAGUAAUAAAAAAUAAAUCUUAAAAAAAAUAUUCUAUAAUUUGGUUUUUAAUAACUCUCACACAUUCGACAUCUAGAUAAAGUAUUUAUUCUUUUAUUUUGCUUAGGGACAACUUGAAACAAAGACAUUAAAAUUGUGUUUAUUUUAAAAGUAAGAUCAAUAUCUAUUUGUUUAAUAUUGUAUUAUAGUUAUUUUUCGAACAUGUGCCCAAUUUAUGAAAUAAGCAAAACAAUGUCCCUCUCAUGAAAUGGGAAUUUUCACGUCUGAGGUGUAUAUAUAACGAUAAUUUAAAAUGGUGUGAUGUAUAAUAUUAUUUUGUGAUGUAGUUAUGAUUUUGUCAUUAUUCAACUGUGGUAACAAAUGUUUAAAACAAAUAAUUAAUGAUAAUAUAACACAAUAUGGAGAAUUUACGUAAAUCCCUAUCCCGUAUCUUUUUUAUGAAAACAACUCGAAAGCCUUAUUAGUAUAUUGUACUGUAAUUAUGAACAACA